CUCCUGCCUGCCUGUUGCCUCCCCGACGCCGCUAUGGAUGCCACGCACCCCCUUAGGCCCUCUCGACUCCCUCCCGUGCUCAUCCCCUUCCCUGCUGCUCUCCCUCUCGCUCCGCACCUCCGACCCGAACGCAUCCAUCGCCGCCGCACACUGCCACCGCACUCACCGCCCGUCCCUCGAGCAUCCGCCGUGUCCAAAGGAUCCGCCUCGAUGUCGUCGACUUCCUCGCCAAGCCAAGCAUCGCCGGACGCCCCGCAUCACCGUCCCUUCCAUCGUCUUCAAGCUUCAGCACCAGCGCUCGAUUUCGUCGAUCCGCAGCAACCCGGCCGUCCCCGACCUCGCUCUCGCGCUCAUUGGACUCGCUGUGGUUGUUCCCCUUGGUAGACGAUGUUUCUGGCAACGUGAUCGAUGACACCGAUGAAGAGCUAUACUAUCUUCAGAAGUGCCAGGCAAGCAAAAUCCCCUUGUUCAUUCCGAUAC